UUUACUUUCUCCGGUUCAGUAGGGGGCGGUAAUGCACCUGUAGUUGGUGUAACCGGUAUAAAUCCUAAAGAACAGGAAGAGAAGUACGGAUCUGGAUGGAGAGAAACAGGAGCAGAACUGAUCAAGGAAACAAGAAAGGAAUUAAAGUGAUCUUCUGAAGAAGAGCAAACAUGCCUAAAGUUGGUCGCAAAGCAAAACAGGAGAAAUCCAGCACCAAGCAGAAGAAUCACCACUGUUCAGACUGUGGGAAGAGUUUUUCAAUACAGAGUCAACUGAAAAUACACCAGCGUUAUCACACCGGAGAGAAACCGUAUCAGUGCUCUGACUGCGGGAGGAGCUUCACUAUACUGGGUCAUCUCCAGCGACACCGGCGCGUUCACACUGGAGAGAAACCGUUUCUCUGCUCACAGUGUGGGAAGAGUUUUUAUCAGCAGUGUAGUCUCAAAAUACACCUCCGCAUUCACACAGAAGAAAAACCCUUUCCCUGUUCAGAGUGUGGAAAAACGUUCAGAGAACCUGGUGAACUCAACAAACACCAACGCGUUCACACUGGAGAGAAACCGUAUAAAUGCCUGGAGUGUGGAAAGAGUUAUCCUAUAGAGAGUCAACUCAAGGUUCACCAGCGUUAUCACACUGGAGAGAAACCGUAUCAGUGCUUGGACUGCGGAAAAGGUUUUACGAUAGCGGGUCAUCUCCAGCGACACCUACGCGUUCACACUGGAGAGAAACCGUAUCAGUGCUCACAGUGUGGGAAGAGUUUUAGUGAGCAGAAUACUCUCCAAUCGCACCUCCUCAUUCACUCAGAAGAAAAACCCUAUCAUUGUUUGGAGUGUGGAAAAACAUUUAGACAAGUUGGUGCACUCAACAUGCACCAGCGCAUUCACACCGGAGAGAAACCGUAUCACUGUUUGGAGUGUGGGCUUGAUUUCAGACAUUCAAACUCUUUAAAGAAACACAAAUGCAGUAAGAUAAAGGAGGAGGAAGAAGCGUGGGAGAUGGUAGUUAUAAACUAUUGGUUUUUCGCACAACUAACAGGAGGAGAAGUACGGAUCUGCUGGAUGGAGAGAAACAGGAGCAGAACUGAUAAAGGAAACGAGAAAGGAAUCUUUGCAAACAUGCCUAAAGUCAGUGACAAGUCAAAACAGGAGAAUUCCAGCAAGGAAAAGAAGGAAUACCACUGUUCAGACUGUGGGAAGUGUUUUUCUGCAGAGAGUCAACUGAAAACACACCAGCGUUAUCACACCGGAGAGAAACCGUAUGAGUGCCCGGACUGCGGAAAGAGCUUCACCAUACUGGGUCAUCUCCAGCGACACCGGCGCGUUCACACUGGAGAGAAACCGUUUCAGUGUUCAGACUGUGGGAAAAGUUUUUAUCAGCAGAGUAGUCUCAAAAUACACCUCCGCAUUCACACAGAAGAAAAGCCGUAUUCUUGUUCAGAGUGUGGAAAAACGUUCAGAGAAGAUAGUGCCCUCAAAAAGCACCAGAGCGUUCACACCGGAGAGAAACCAUAUAAAUGCCUGGAGUGCGGGAAGAGUUUUCCUAUAGAGAGUCAACUGAAAACACACCAGCGUUAUCACACCGGAGAGAAACCGUAUGAGUGCUUGGAGUGCGGGAAGAGCUUUUCAAUAACAGGUCAUCUCCUACGACACCAGCGCGUUCACACUGGAGAGAAACCGUAUCAGUGCUCAGAGUGCGGGAAGAGUUUUAAGGAGCAGAGUAGUCUCCAAAUACACCUCCGCAUUCACACAGAAGAAAAACCGUAUCAUUGUUUAGAGUGUGGAAAAACGUUCAGACAACUUAGCACCCUCAACAUGCACCAGCGCAUUCACACCGGAGAGAAACCGUAUCACUGCUCGGAGUGUGGGCUUGAUUUCAGACAUUCAAACACUUUAAAGAGACACAAAUGCAGUAAGAUAAAGGAGGAGGAAGAAGCGUGGGAGAUGGUAGUUAUAAACUAGACUCUCAAUUUUUGGUGUUCAAACGUUUUGUUUGUUUUCCAGCAUUUUCACAGUUUAAAACAAAUCUGAAUAUUAUCAGAAAAUAGAUCUUAGUGCAUUUUAAAAUCUAUUCCAGUUAUACUUAUAUUAGCAGCCAAUAAUCAGCAAUAACACAGUUCCAUCGGCUGCCAUACAUGACCAUGUAAUAACACUGCCUUCAGUGUUUUCUGUAAAGUUUCUUUUUUCCAUCCAUUUAUUGCUCACUUUUUCUUUUCAUAUCAGUUACCAAUAGUGUUUUUUUUUUAAAGAGUAGAUGUCUCUUUAGCUCUUUCUAUAAACCUGUUUUGUUACUAGUUUUCAUAUUAAGCUGUAAAUAUGAUCUUCCAUCUGGUUUAAUCAUACACUUUAAACCCUGCAUAAGAUCAGGGGAUUUAACUGAAAUAAAUGUGAUGAUGUAAAAGCCUCAUCAGUCAUGAUUCUUUAAAUGUUGAGUCAGAUUAACACUUGUUAUCAGGGAUGUUUCUGUAUCUAAACAUCUCUGCAAUGUUCUUGCUCUUGGUGUCUAAUAAUUGAACUAAACAUGUUUUUGCCUGAUGAAAAAGAUGGUGGUGUCGUGUUGUGUUGUGAAUGGAAACAAAAAAAAAUUAAAAGCGCUUUAACUUCA